UUUCAGAAAAAUCACAGCAAGACGCGAAAAAAACAAAUUUUAAAAGAGUUUUGCGUGGAAAUGCACGGAUAUCAAGGCAAUGAUCCGAAUUAUCGGCGGCAACCUCCCUAUCGCCAAUUACACGUUGAUACACGAUCUCCGUCGAGUUACUCUCAACAAUAUGUUCCAUACGAGGCGGAUCCGGGUAUGAACGGGGACGGUUGGCAAGGACCUGGGCGUGGAGGACCACAUCACAUGAAUGGUGGCGGAGGAGGACGACGUGGUGGAGGUGGUGGUAUGCACAAUCAAAGAAUACAACAGAAUCCCCAUCAUGGUGGAAUGAAUCGUAUGAUGCCACACGGAUUCCGACCACAACAAGGACAAUUUAUGCCUCAAUAUCCUCCACCACCACCAAUGGGUGGAAUGCCUGAUGUGAUGGAUAUUAAUAUGCGAAUGGAUGGUAUGUCAUUAGGAUCGACACCAUCAGGAAUUCCUGGACAAUAUGGUGAUAUGGGUCCACCGCCAGUCCAACAAUGGAAUCAACCUGCUCCAUUUGUACCUCCACCUCAACAAGACGAUCUCUAUGAUCCUUCGGGAUAUGGUGGUGGAGCUGGUGGUGGUGGAGGACAUCAUCCAUCUCAUAUGCCACCAUAUGGACAACGUGGAAAUAAUCAGAAUCAAUACGGGAAUCGAAUGCAAGGAGGUCAAGGUGGUUAUCGAGGGAAUCAACAGAGGCAGCAGCAGCAACAGCCUCAACAGGGAUUCAAUAUGCCACCAAUGAUGGUUCCACCUGGUCAGCCUCCAUUUUAUGGUGGAAAUCAACCGAAUCAUCAUCAUCAACAACCCUCAUUUGCUCCGUCGCCAUUCUCAAUGGGUGGAGGUGGUGGAGGAUCACAAGGAGGACCACACGAACAGCACGGACCAGGUGGAAAUCAGAAUGGAGGAUUCGGAGUUUCAUCAUCAUCAAUGGAUGAUUAUUCAAUGUGGACUGAUGAGAAUGAUGAAGACGCGAAAAAGAAAAAAUCGUUGAGAGAUAAGGGAUUGAGUGGAUGGGGUGAUGCUGAUGUAUCAAACAGUAAACCAAUUCGCCGUUGGAUUGUGCCAGAAGGCCAAGAAGAAGACUUUGAAACGGCAAUGGAACGAUGUCCAAGUCAUUUGAAAAAGAAAGCAUUGAAUGAAGAAGCUCUUCGUCGACGUUUAACAUCUGAAAAUCCACAAAUAGUGGCACAAGCUCAACAACAAGCCGAAGAAGAGGCGAAUGCUAUGAUGAGGAUUGGACGAAGACCCAUUGUUCCCAGUGGAUGGGGUGAUAUUCCAUCUGAAAUUAGUACUGACAAGAGUGAAUUCGAUCAAAGCUCGUCACGUGGUUGGGAUGAAGGAAGUAUAAGCGGUGGUGGAAGUGGACGUCAUCCAUCUCAUCAUCAAUCAAAUGAUAAUUCAAUGUGGAAUAGUCCAUCAGUUGGAGGAGGUCAAUCAAAUAGUGAAACACGUAAUCCAUUCUUUGCUCAACACAUGCAACAGCAACAACAUCAACAACAACAUCAGCCACACUAUGGAGGUUAUGGUGAUAAUGGGGUGCUUGAUGGUGGAUCAUUGUGGUCUGCUGCUGUCAUGGAUGGAUCCUCAAUGGUACCACCACAUCCAACAAUGGGUGUCGGAUCAUCAGCUUCAUCGUCAUCAAUUCCAAUUGGCAUGUUGAUGAUGAGCGGCAGUGGAAAUGUUGGAGGCGGACCACCAUCCUCAUCUUCAUUGUUGGACGAGGAUGGUAGCCAGAAGAAGCUGGCUGAAAAUCUGAAAUUAGCCGUUCAGAAGGGUCAUUUGGAUAUUUCCCUACUCUCACUUCCGCACAUUCCGCCCAACGUGCUCGACUUGCUCACCGAAAUUUUGGCGGUCAUUCCGCGUUUGGACGACUAUGAGGAUGAGCUCAAAAAAUUGGGAGAAAAUCGCCCUUCGAACUAUGACGAGGGAGCCAGCAAAGAGGAGAAAGAAUCGUGGAUGAGCAAGGAUCAAAAGAACGAUCACGACAAAGCAGUAAUCGGAGUAGUGACUGCAAAGAUCGAGGUGACACAAUUAUCUAAAAAGAUCACCGAAGCUUUGAUCGAAGCUGGGCUUCUUCCACCACAACCACAAACAUCUACAUCUGCAAAUACAUCUACCAAUCAUCUUAAUCAUAGAGGAGGACCACCGCCAGGAUCCGAUGGAGGAGCUGGUCCAAGUACUUCACGAAGUGGUGGAGGUGGUGCUGCUGGUGGAGACUCUUUUAAUAGUAGUGGAGGUGGUGGACCACCUGAUCAUUAUUAUGAUUAUUCGUUCCUUGGUUAGAUGCUGAUUUAUUCUUUUUUUUUAAUCUGAAAUCAAAUAUAUAAUUAUUCAGUUCGUUCUUUUCUGCUGCUGUAAAUUUAAUUUUCUUCUUUUGAAAAAGUCUAGAAUUUUUAUGCCAAAAUUUGCAUUGCUUGUUAGUUUUUAUUUUAUUUAUGACUCUUCUCGUAUUCAUCAAUUUAUUUUCAUAAUUUAACUUUUUAAAAUCAAUAUGUGUUAGUUUGAUCCCACCCUCUCCUGGUCCUGGUAUCUUUUUGUUCCCAAAACUUUCCAAAAUCUUCCGAUGCAAAAAAACAUGUGAAAUUUUUCUGCCUUUUCUUCCUUCAAUUCCCCAAUCAUCAUCAUCAUCAUUUUGGAGCAUAUUGUCCGUAUCUCUUUUUUUAUCCGAUUUUUUCUUGUUUAAUUACCAUCUCCCUCUCCAUCAUCACAUUUUUAAAACACAUUUCUCGUAUUUUUAUCUGGUUUUUUACCGCUUCUCCCCGCCAAAUUUUGUUCCAUUUCGAUCGCUUCUGUCCAAAAAAUUGUUUCACUUUUCUCCAAAAUUACAUCCCCAAAUGGACACAUCACAAGCUUAAUCCAAAUUCGCCUCAUCAUCAUCUCGCUUUUCCCGUAAAUUUUACUUUUUAAAUUUCUCAUAUUCACUACUACACAUUUCGCAGUUAGCUUUCCGACAAUUUGGAGCAAUAUGCGAAUUUGUAGUAGAUCGCCCCUUUUUGACUUUUGUAUCAUUCACUUUUCCUCUCUUUAAAUCUCCGUGUCGUCAUCGUUUUCUUUUUGUUCAAUGUAUACACUGAUUCAACCGAAAUGGCUAGAAUGAAGGUUAUCAAUUGCGUUGUUAA